GUAGCUGUAUCCAUUUGGGAGGUUGGCAUAUCCAAGGGGUGUCAUGAAGUUUUCAGGACCCUUGGAGAGUCAGAGGCUGUCCGUCCUUUUGGAAAAUGCAGUCUCUAGGGAAGAACAGAUGUGGAAGGUGUACGUGCCAAAAUACCUAUCCAAUCCGGAUACAGAUGUCUCUCCAGCACAGCGGGAUGAGGUCAUUCAAUGGCUGGCUGACUUGAACAGAAAAUUCCAUUUUUAUCCAGAAACACUUUCCCUUGCCAUCACUAUUUUGGACAGGUUUUUAGCUCUGGUAAAGGCCCGUCCAAAGUAUCUGUGGUGUAUAGCUAUCAGUUGUUUCUUCCUGGCAGCUAAAACCAAUGAAGAAGAUGAGAUCAUUCCAUCUCUAAAGGACAUGGUAAAGACUAGCAACUGUGGUUGUUCAUCUGCAGAUAUUCUUAGAAUGGAGAGGAUUGUACUGGAUAAAUUGAACUGGGAUUUGCACACAGCAACACCGUUGGAUUUUCUUCAUAUUUUUCAUGCGAUGAUGCUAACCAGCCGUCCCCAGUUACUCAGCGACCUGCCUAAGAUGACCCCAUCCCAACAUAUUGCACUCCUUAUUAGGCAGCUACAGCACUGUGUGGCUUGUCACCAGCUUCUACAGUUCAAGGGCUCUACACUUGCACUGGCUAUCAUCAGUCUCAAGCUGGAAACAUCCAUUCCUGAUUGGCUAGCUGUCACUAUUGAUCUGCUGAAAAAGGCACAGCUUGAUAGCUUACAACUAAUUCGUUGUCGAGAGCUUGUGGCUGGACACCUAUCCACAUUUCAUGCUUUCCUACCAUCCAAUAUGGUGUACAUCUACAACCCCUGUAAACAAACCAUGGUGCUGUGUGGUAGGGGAGCAUUUAGCUUAUCCUCCUCCCCUACCACAGAGCCAGAGUUUGUUGUCAAGGAUGCCACCAAGAGAAUUAGCAGUACAGCAGCACCCUACCGACGCCUACCUGAUUCCUAUAGCUGCAAGCAGGCCUCAGCAAAACGCAAAGUAGAGGAGAUGGAAGUGGAUGACUUCUAUGAUGGAAUAAAGCGUUUGUACAAUGAGGAGUGCAGUCAAGAAAUUGUGGGGGUGGAUACUGUAUCCCCUAGCUGUAGCACAGAUCUACAGAUUAAAGAUGGUAGUAUCUCUCCUUGUCCUCCACUUCAGCCAGUUACAGUCAUUUAACUGGCCAAAGUAGCUGAAGUUCAGGGCUUGAGCUGCAUCACAAGACAACAGUGUUGAAGGGCAUACCUUACCAGGCUGAAAUGAAGUGAGCCAAACAUUUUCAUGCUGCUAAUUUUAGUCUAAUCAUUUAUUCAAGCACUCAAAAAAAAUAAAAAGAAUAUACUAAAAAUAUUAAAAGACCCAAAAACUGGAACAAAAAAAAUGUUGUAGCAAUUCUAACGUUUUCUCUUGUUGUCAGUAUAAUUGCAUCUAUUUCUAAAUCUUGACUUUUUUUGUGCCGUCUGUUCUUUGUUCUAAAUCUACAAUUCACUGUGACAUAUUCAUUUGACAGCCUAGUUGUUGCUUACCAUCCAAUUUCGUCCUGUAGUUUUGUGCUUAUAUACAUUGAUGUGCACGUUGUUUUACACACACUGAUUUUUGAGGAGGAUUUUUGGAGGGGUGUUUUUUUUGUAACUCUUCAGCAUGUGUGAUGGUAAAAAAUUGUCAAGUAAACAAACUUUCUUGGGUAGCUAAGCUGUUGUGCAAACUGCCUGAAAACUAAAAUUAUGGGGAGGUUUUGGUUAUAAACAAAAUUUAAACAUUGCUACAAAGUCCUCUAAAUUUGUUUUAUAAUGGAAACAGUGAACAGCACUUUUGAGUUUUAUUUCCUUUAGUUUGGAAGAGAUGCUGUUCUUUUGGGUCUGAAACAAAUGUCAUUUAAUUUUUUUAAACAUGGCUGAUUUUGUGAAUUCUGAACAUGGUUUUGUAAAUUAAUGUUAAAAUCAGUUAACUAAAGUACCACAAUUUAGAUGAUGUCUAUUUAUUUGUCCUUUUAAUUGCAUUGUGCCAUUUUUGGGAAACCAUUAACUUGCCAUAAAUGUACAUCAAUUUACUUUACAUGGACCUGAGUUUUGAAAUUUUAUACAAAACAAACUUCAGUUCACAUCACAGUGGGUUUUAUUACCAGGAAUUCACAUAAGAUAAAAAUAAUUCUAAAUGGGCAGUUACUUGAAAUUAAACCUAUUUUACCUUUCCUAUGCUUUACCCUAAAUGUGGAGGGGAAAGAACUAAUUGUUAUUUUUACCCCUACUAGUUUCUUAAAUUAUCUCUGACUUUGGGCACAGUGCUCUCUCUACAGUCUGAAAAAGGUACUGCAGUCUUUGAAAAAGUGCAAUUGUACUGCUGAAGUGCUUCUGGCAGCAAUAAAGUUGUCCUUGAUUCAA